AUCUAUUGUAACAUUAAAUCGCUUAAUGUUUAGUAUAAUAUUUCUCAUUAAUUUAUUAUACAUACAAAAAAUAAAGUAAGUUGUCCUAAUUCUGUAGAGCACGAUUAUGUCUUCAAAAUUCGGAUAUUUUUAAGAAUUGCACAUAAUAAAUUAAAAUAUGAUUUGCAAGCAAAUAUUACCUGAGUUUCAACGAAAUCAAAACUAUUAUGAAUUGUAGGUGAAUAUAGAUUAAAAGUUUCCAUGCAAAGAACGAUAUUUUCUUGGCAGCUUAACACCGAAAAACACGUUUACGAAAACAAUUCAUUUUUUUUUUUUACAAAUUUUCAAUUUUAAAACGAAAUUAUUAUUCAUGAACUUAAUAAAUAAGUUUUUUGUUCUCUAGUAGUACUGGCCACAGACAAAACAACGUUUUACGCAUGUUAAUUAUGUUACUCAAAACAUUUUUGUGUAUUACACCUUAUAGUAAAUCAAUAGAAACAGUCAUUUUUUGAAAAUUGUGUUCUCCGUGUCUAUACUCACGAAAGUGUAUAAAGUGAAUCACUUCCACAGGCUUAUAACUUUUAUCAAACAUGUCAGAAGAAAAAAAUGAUGUGAAUCCGAAUAAGUUGUUUGGAGGUGCACCAGUCUGUACGAAUUUGGUUAUAACACCAAAUGCGAUACUGAGCGCAUACGAUUCUCCAGCUUUGGAAAAUGUUUAUCAGAUUUUCAGAAAUGUGGUCAAAUGUAGCUUAUUUCAAUCGAUGUGUAACGACGCAGGUAUUCUGGCUCGUAAAACGAUAAUACCUGAUGAUAAUUAUAUUUGUGUUUAUUAUUGUUUUCGCGACCGCAUUAUAUUCUUAUGUUGUGCAGCCCCUAUUUUUCAUAAAAAUUCGUACUACACCUUUUUUUAAUCUACAAUGAUAUAAUACAGAGCCCUCUACCCCAUUUCUAUAUGAUUAUAAUUUUAAGUAUUAGGAUUUUUUUAUUAAUUAAAUUGCAAAUUAUAAUUACCUAAGUAACUACCAAUCCGUUAUUAUUUAUUAAACUGAAAAUAUAUUUAUAUUUGAUAUAAAUCUGAAAACUACUUACAAACUAUCUACUUUAAUGUGUGGUUAUAUAAUUUAAAAUGUAAUAGAUAUAUUUAAGUCCUCAACGGUUGUCUUGUCUUAGUAUUUUGUAGAUGCAUAUUUCUCGAAUCCGUAAUGCGCACUUCCAGUUAUGGACUACACACAAUGUGUCGGGGUUCACUAAAAAAUAGGGGCUGAUAUUGUGUACACCAUCAGCACGAUAAACACGUUAUUAAUUUGCAGACCAUUCGACUUGGUUGCAAAAGUAUAGCAAGGAAUCGGACAAGCAGCUAAGAUAUGAGUUUAUCAACCUUAUGCUGCUUAUGUCGCUUCAGCAUCCCGACGGACAUGACGAAUUAUGCAAACAUUCGGCAUCAUCGAAAUCACCACAGUGCAAGAUCUCCAGCAAUCCUAUCUGCGUAUAUUAUACAAUUUAUAACAACACUGUCAUCAAUUUGUUUUUUUUUAACACGAAUGUCAUUUGUCCUGCGCACAUCGCAGGAGCUCAGCGGAGUCAUCGAGCACCCAGUGACGCAAAUCGACGACUCUGGCGACGAUAGGUGUCGAGAAGCACUGCCGACCAUCAGCCGCAAUAAAGUUGUUGUCAAGUCAAGUCAAGUCGGAGAGUGGUGUCGAACGACGAACGUACCGGUUUUUCACGAAGAGAGCUUGGUGCGGAAUAACUGUCAAGAUUUGAUGCCGAAACGGAUUCCGAUGAAAGUGGAGCGCGCGUUUGAUCGGUACGACGAUGGACAAUUGGAUCCGACCGAGCCGUGGCAGCGCUGUAGCACGCGGAUCCGAGCAGGUAGCGACUUCGUAGCCGGUAGUAGACACCCUACGCAACGCGCGCCGAACGCGACAGGCCACAGGAUCAACGAUGUCACGCGAUUGGCCCAGCACAGACCGGCUGUCCGCGGCCGCAAUCUUGGCGGCGCGGAAACCCGUUCGACGCAGGGACUCGGUUACGCGAUGGCGACGGCGCCGAAUAACUGCAGGGUUCCGGUGUUGGACGGCAGCAAGUCGCCCGACCCACCCGUGUACGUCGUCAAACUGGUCCAGUUGUAUGAGCGAUCCCGUUUGCCCGUGCCCAUUCACCCGGGACCGCCGACUCCACGGAUACCUCAGCCCGUCCGAACGAUCAGCAGUGGCUGGGAGCCCAAGGUGCGAUCCGUCCCGCCACCCGAGUCCGACUCCGACCGGACGUGCUCAUUCACACUGACCGGCACCAUUCGGUUGUCCAACUUACCCGCAACGACCGACUGCACCACCGCACCACCGUCGCGUCAGCCGCCGCAUGUCCUGUCCUCGCCCACCGCCCACGACCACAACACGGACAGCUCGAUCGGAUCUCGGCCAUCGUCAAUGGAUCGCAACCCCAGCCACAAGCGUGACAGCAACGAUUUGUCUGACUUCUCGGACCUGGGAUCGCUUUCCGUGGACGCGCUCGACCUGACCACUACCACGCGAUCGCACUCGAGGGCCACGUCCAUCGACCGCUGUGACCACGAAGACCCGAACGCCCAAUGAAUUGAAUUUAUAGUCGAAUAUUUACAUAAACAUUAUAGCAUUAUGUAUUUACUGAAA